AUUUUAUUUAUCGAAAUAUUUUGCAGAGGUCCAAAGAUGUUUUCCAGAUUCCAACAGCCUGCUACCACCCUCGCCAGAGGACUAGCCACAUCUUCCCCCAAUAAUGUCGCCGUCGCUGUCAUGGGCGCUUCCGGAGGAAUUGGACAGCCCCUGUCUAUGCUGUUGAAACUGAACCCCGCUGUGACCAAGCUGAACCUGUACGAUAUUGUGCACACCCUGGGUGUGGCCUCCGAUCUCUCCCACUGCGAGACCAAGGCCACCGUCACCGGAUUUGUCGGCGAAGAUCAGCUGGAGGCAUCUUUGGUCGGAGCGGAGAUUGUUGUUAUUCCUGCCGGAGUUCCAAGGAAACCAGGAAUGACAAGAGAUGAUUUGUUUAACACCAACGCAUCUAUUGUCGCCAAGCUGUCUGCUGCUGCCGCCAAGGUCUGCCCUGACGCUAUGAUCGCCAUCAUCUCCAACCCCGUCAACUCCACGGUCCCCAUCGCUAGCGAGAUGUUCAAGAAGGCUGGAACCUACAACCCUAACAAGGUUUUCGGAGUCAGCACUCUGGAUGUUGUCAGAGCCAACACAUUCAUCGGUGAGAAGAAGGGACUGGACCCUGCUAGUGUAAACUGCCCUGUUGUCGGUGGACACGCUGGUAUUACUAUUAUGCCCCUGAUCUCCCAAUGCACCCCUGCUGUACAAUUCCCAGCUGAUGAACUUAAAGCUCUCACUGAGAGAAUUCAGGAUGCUGGUACCGAGGUUGUGAAGGCUAAGGCUGGUGCUGGCUCUGCUACUCUUUCUAUGGCCUAUGCUGCGGCUAGAUUCACCGACUCCCUCAUCAAGGCAAUGAGCGGACAGGAGGGUGUUGUUGAGUGCGCCUAUGUUGCCAGCAAUGUUACCGAAGCUAAAUACUUCUCCACCCCUCUCCUCCUUGGACCUAAUGGUAUUGAGAAGAAUCUUGGUCUUGGAAACCUUACUCCAUUCGAGCAGGAUCUGCUGAAGGCAUCUCUACCGGAGUUGAACGGAAGCAUAAAGAAGGGAGAAGAAUUCGCCAAGAAUUACUGAAUCCCUCCCUCCCCUGAUCCUUAUCUCGUAGUAAUUCCGCCUCAAACCCCCGUUAAACCAUUGUGAUUCCAACUAGUUUUCAAGUAAACUUGAUCCAGUGAAUGUUUUAAACAAAAUCAAUAAAAUAUAGAUAUAAACCAAAAA